AUGACUGAAAAGGCCUUGGAUGAAUCUGCAAAAACAGUUCCAGAUGAAAUAAUCAGCCGGAAUGCCGUGGACAUGUACUCUAGUGAAGGUACCGUCAACGACAAAGCUCUGGUUUGGAAGCAGGACCUCAGAAUUAGAUGGAUUGCUCUCCCCACGCUGUCAUGGGGAGCAGUCGCUUCUGGUCUCGGUUGUGCCAACAACUAUGCCAAUGCCACUGUUCUACGCCUGCUUCCAGGCAUGUCUGAAGCUGAUCUAUUCGCGGGCGAUUGGCUUUUUACCUUAUCUUCUGGUGUAAAACAUCAGAACGCUCAAGGCGUAUUAUCUGGAAACAGCCACGUGGCUGUUUCCGACAGAAAGGGGAUUUGUGAAAGAAAGACUAAGAGUAGAGGGCUCCAAAGGCGAAAGCGCAUCGAUUAUGGAAGGACGUUAAAGAGACCUUCACUGACUGGCGUCUCUAUACCCACUAUGCCAUACGCCCUCUCAACUAUAUAUUUUACGUAUCACGGUAGUUUGAAGAGCUAA